CCAGGUUUUCAUUACCAUUCACAACUGUCCUCUAUAUGGCUCCAGGAUUACCUCUUACUCGGGAAACGCUUCUCACUGUGAUUGACCAGGGUGAUGGUAUCAAGGAUUCCAUCAUAUUGGCCCAGAGUGCUGGCUGGGACCAUGCUAAGCUCGUUGGUGUUAUCAAGAGUCUCGAGUCGAUUCAAUACGUCACUACGACACCAUUCGAGGAGGAGAAGUGGACCACCACGGAGGAGGGAGAGCAGUACGCUGCCCUUGGCAGUCCUGAGGCCCAGGUCGUAGCGUAUGUCAAGGGUCAUAGUCCAUGUGCACAGAAGGACAUCAUGGUUUCUCUCGGGAACGUAGCCAAGAUCGGCUUUGGAGCCGCUAUGAAGAACGGUUGGUUGGCAAUGGAUAAGGCCACUAAAGCGGUGUCAGUUUCCGAUAAGGCUGAGGACUCCAUAGAGGAUACCGUCGCCGAGUUGUUGGUGAAGGUGGGCAAGGGCGAGGCCAGCUCCCUCACGAAAGGCGAUAUGGACAUGCUCAAGAAGAGGAAAUUGAUACAUUUGAGCAAGACUACAGGCUUCAAGGUGGACAAGACCAGCAACUUCAGAACGGAGAUUGUCAAGCAGGAGACAGAGCUCACUCAGGAGAUGAUACAAAACAAGUCGUGGAAGGACGUCCAGUUCAAACCUUACAACCUGAAAACAGCUCUCGGGCGAGACCUUGGUGGUGGUCAUCUUCAUCCCCUUCUUAAGGUCAAGACUGAAAUUAGGAAUAUUCUCCUCCUUAUGGGCUUCGAGGAGAUGCCUACUAACCGUUAUUUGGAAUCUUCCUUCUGGAACUUUGAUGCCCUUUUCCAACCCCAGCAGCACCCCGCUCGGGACGCCCAUGACACGUUCUUUAUCACCUCUCCUGAGUCGACCAACAGGAUCCCCAAGGGCUACAUGAAUGACGUGAAGAAGAUGCACGAGGUUGGAGGGUACGGCUCUAUUGGAUGGCGAUAUGACUGGUCCGAGGAGGAGUCUCGGAAGAACAUCUUGAGGACCCACACCACUGCCGUUAGCACCCGUGUUCUCUACGAGAUGGGACAGGACUAUAUCCGUACUGGUGUCUUCAAGCCAAAGAAGUGUUUCUCUAUUGAUCGUGUUUUUCGUAAUGAGACUCUCGAUGCGACUCAUCUCGCUGAGUUCCACCAAGUGGAGGGCUUCGUAGCUGACCGUAACCUCACUCUCGGCAAUUUGAUCGGAGUCAUCCGGGAGUUCUUCCGACGUAUGGGCCUCACUGAUCUCCGUUUCAAGCCUGCGUAUAAUCCUUACACUGAGCCCAGCAUGGAAAUAUUCGCCUUCCACCCAAUGCUGGACAAGUGGGUGGAAAUAGGCAAUUCUGGUAUCUUCCGACCGGAGAUGGUCCGACCUAUGGGCAUCCCUGAGGAUGUAUCGGUGAUCGCUUGGGGUCUUUCGGUCGAACGGCCCACCAUGAUCCAAUACGGUAUCGGUAACAUUCGAGAGCUCUUCGGUCACAAGAUGGACGUGACGAGUCUAAAGAAGAACCCUGUGUGUUGGCUGUAUCCUGGGGAAGAGGCACCAGCUGUUGCGGAGGAGAGGGAGCUUUAA